AUGAAAGAAAAGAAGGAGGAAACCCUAAACCCUCAAACCCUAGCUCCUCUACCUGCUAGGGUUUUAGAGGCUGUAAACCGCCGCCUAGAUAACAAACAAUUUUAUGAUGCACAGCAACUAAUAAAAACAUUCUCUAAUAGAUAUAAUGCGAAGGGACAGCCGGAGAUAUCCGUGUCUAUCUGCGCAACAUUUGCGCGUCAAUUCGCUGAAUUAGGAGAGGGAGCAUUAGCGUUAGAUCUAGCAAGUCUUGCAUUAACUUGCAUGCAGCAGCAGCAGCAGCAGCAGCAGCAGCAGCAGCAGCAACCAACAAAGGAGCAACUGCAGCUGAUAGCGGAUUUAUUAACUGUAUCUACUAGGCAAUAA